GAUCUUCCUCACUUUCUAGUCGAGAAAGCUCCUCCAUGAAUGAACAGGAUACCGCAUACCUGAUGGAAAUAGCGCAUUCAUCUUAUAUCUACGAUAUAUUAUACCUAUUUCCAAUCCGUCCUACGAGCAACUGAUAAUGGUAAUCUGUAUGAAAUGACGGCGGUACUAUUGUCUUUACCAGGUCGGCACUUGCUAGAUAGAACACACCGGAUAACGAUAUACGCCAUCACCACUUACCCCUCCCGAGGUCUCCAACAACAUCACAUAUUGACUUCUAGAGUACACAUCUACACACUAGUUUUUCCCACACCUGUCAUCGUAUAACUCAGUUUCCGUAAAGCCAAUCACCCCCAAGUCGGCCAAUCCCUAAAUUAAACCCUCAUCCUCAGAUUCUCCAAACCCACCAAAGAAGCGUCCCAGUCCAAAUUCAAUUUCCAACCACCAUGACCAAACCCUCUCUCCCAUCCAAAAUGUGGGCCGCACAAGUCAUCUCUUUCAACGAACCCUACAAAGUCCACCAAAUCCCCGUCCCAUCAGACCUCGCACCGUACGACCUUCUCAUAAAAGUCGCCGUCGCCUCCCUCUGCCACACAGACUCCAUGGUCUCUUCAGGCGCAAUGGCCACACCACUCCCCUGCACCGGCUCACACGAAGGCGCCGGCACGGUCGUAGCGAUCGGCACUUCCGUGUCGCACUUUGCGGUCGGCGACCGCGUGAUGGCCGGGAUCCUGUACGACGCCUGCGGUACCUGCGCUGAAUGCACUGGAGGAGCCUCCGCGUGUCCCCAGUACUGCCAGAAUACGGGCGGUUUUCUUGGUAUCACGACACAUGGAUUCUUUGCGCAGUACGCGAAGGUUGAUGCGAGACAGACGGCAAAGGUACCGAGUAAUGUUUCGUUUCAAACUGCGGCUCCGCUGGCUUGUGCGGGCGUGACGGUGUAUCGUGGUAUUGUCUUGUCGGCUGUGCGGCAGGGGGAGUGGAUUGCUAUCGUAGGUAGUGGAGGCGGUUUGGGCCAUCUUGGAGUCAAACUUGCGAAGGCGAUGGGGGUGAAUGUUAUUGGAAUCGAUGCCAGAGACGAAGGAUUGCAACUUACGAGGCUGUGCGGUGCGAAUGUUACUAUUGAUGCUAGGAUCGGGCUUGAAGAGGUCGUUAAAGCUGUGCGUGCUUGUACGGGGAAUGAGGGAGUAAAGGCUACACUGAACGUGAGUGAUGCGAAGGAGGCUGCUGCACUAGCUUGUGCGGUUACGAAGAUGCAUGGGACGAUGGUUCAGCUUGCGCAGCCGGAUGGUGUGGUUAUUCCGUUCCAUGAACUCAUUUUGAGGGAUAUUAGGGUUAGGGGGUCGGCUGUUGCCAACUUGGACGAGGCGCGGGAUAUGCUGGAGUUGGUUGCUGGGCAUGGUAUUACGGUGCAGACGUGUUCGUUCCAGGGGCUGGGUGAGAUUGGGAAGUUGGUAGAGUUGGCGCAUAGCGGGAAGAUGAAGGGAAAGGGCGUCGUUAUUAUGGAUCAGAAGCAGAUUGAAAGGGAGAAGAAUAUCAGAUCAGCGUUGUAGGAAGAUGCAUGAUCACCAAGACAGAAGAUACGGAGAGAUCAUGACCAUAGAUGUCAUAUGUACCAGCAAUGUA